GAACCAAGGGCGGUGGAAGGAGGCCGAAGAGCUACAGGCAAAAGAACUAGGAAUAUGCUCGAGGGUGCUUGGGGACGAGCAUCCUGACACGCUGACUAGCAUGCACAAUUUUGCUUAUACAUUGAAGUUACAAGCUCGCCAUGAUGAGGCUCUUGUCCUUAUAGAAAGAUGCUUCCAAUCACGCCGGCAGAUCCUUGGCGAGCACCAUCCUAAUACACGGUCAUCGCUUGACGCGCUGAAUAGUUGGCGAGCGGGGUAAGGUGACAAAACCCCGACACAUUACCUUUGCGUAUAAUCCAGAUUAUAACUAGA